UUUGCUCUGAGGACAGUUGGUUUGUGCUCAUGGAGAUGGAGAGCUGUCUGUUCAUCCUCAUGUUCUCAUCCCUGCUCAUGUCCACCACAGCCGACAGUGAUGUGAGGCUGGUGAACGGAAACAGUCCUUGUGAGGGAAGAGUGGAGGUUUUUCAUCAAGGACAGUGGGGAACUGUGUGUGAUGAUUACUGGGAUAUGAAGGAUGCGGCGGUGGUGUGUAGACAGAUGUUCUGUGGAGACGCUGUAGCAGCACUGGGAAACGGUCACUUUGGAGAAGGAGAAGGGCAGAUCUGGAUGGAUCUGGGAUGUAGUGGGUCAGCAUCUACACUGAAGGAGUGUGGACAACCAAGGGUUACUUCUGGCUGCAAACAUUAUGAAGACGCUGGAGUCAUCUGCUCAGUUUUCUGCCAGUAA